AUGAACUCACCUCGCGCAGCUCCGACCGACGACAAAGGGCCGACCAUCCUGAUAGUGUUGUGGACUUUGACGGGUCUCACGACAGUUUUAGUGACCGCGCGCAUCUACAUCCGGGCAGGCUUGCUGCACAACCUCGGUGUAGAUGAUUGGGUCAUUGCGUUAUCACUGCUCAUGGGAGUUGUGUACUGCAUUUUAACUACCAUAAACGUCCAGCUUGGCUUCGGGAAGCAUGCAUGGCUGUUAAGCACCACUGCAAUCGAGACUGCGACCUUCCUUAACUGUCUCAGUUUCCUCUUCGGCAUCAUCUCUUUUACGCUCCCCAAGCUAGCGGUGACCGCAAUGCUGAAUCGCAUCUUGAACGCGAGCCACAUCCAGCGUGUCUGCCUGUGGGCUCUCAGCACGUUGACAACGAUAGUGUCCGGAGUAUGCAUCAUAUUCCUGUUCACCAUGUGUGACCCACCUCGAGCUCUGUGGCAAACCAGGCUUGCCAUCGAGGGAAAGGCCACCUGCAAGAAUGUGUGGUUGUUGAUCGACUACGCUAUCUUUACUGGAGCUCUCUCCGGCUUUGUCGAUCUGGUCUUAGCAAUUUAUCCCAGCACCGUGCUGAUGAAACUGCAUAUGUCACUGCGGAAGCGCCUCGCUUUGUGCGCGGCCUUAGGUCUCGGCUCCGUCGCAUCUGCUAUGGCGAUUAUCAAAUGCACCCAACUGAAAAGUUUGGCAGACCAAGAAGACUACACAUACGGAACCGCAGAUCUCAUCAUCUGGACAAAUAUCGAAUCCAAUAUCGUGAUCAUCGCCUCGUGUAUUCCCACCCUCCAACCAUUUCUUGAACUCCUCCUCGGAAACCGCACCGCUAGCUCAUACAGCAACAGUCGCAAACGAAACAAAUGUGGUUCGAGCUUCCCCGACGACUCUCACGACAGCCGCAGUAAGGGGGCCAAAGCACAGAAGAGGAACCUCACCAUUGCGACCGUCGAAAGUCAGGAGCACAUCAUUCCGAACCAUGAUGGAGACCAGAGGUUGAAGGAGAGCCACAUGCUGGGGAUGAUUCGGCGGACGGAUAACGUGACCGUUGAGUUUGAGCAAAGACAGGUUGAGAACGAGGUGGCGCGGUCACUGACUGCGUGGUGACCAAUCUUUGACCAUGUGUAUUCCUUUUGUGCUGUUUGUCCUGGCUUGCAGGCUUGCAAUCGCAGCUGAUAUUCAGGAG